AUGACGACGCCGUUAACUCAUCCGGCUUAUUCGAACAAUUACCGUGAUCGGACUUUUGCCAUUGCAAAAACCAGAAGCGCCAAUGACAGGGCCGUUAUCGAGAAUCCCCUCGCCCAUUUCACGGACGCCGAGUUGGAAUUUGAUGUCCGAAACUUUGCAGAGACCUUUCUCCCUUCCGUGAGGUACCAAGAGUUGCUGCGGGCCGCCAGAGUCGGAAAGGACAUUCAAAUAUACGAUGAGGCGGCCCGACAACCUGCCGGCUACGAAGAGCGAAAUAGACUUGCAGUGAUUUUGACAGAAGAAGAGAAGAUAGCGCUCAGAAAUGAAAAGGACGUCGCAUUCAGUGAGAAAGGAAUGUUGGCCGUUAUCGCCACGGUUUCACUGGCAGCAUUUCUGCAAGGUUUUGUACAGUCGUCAGUCAACGGAGCUUCAUUAUAUAUGAAUCAAUGGGGUCUGAAUCCGAGCAAUGAGACCUCACACCAGAUUACCCCCGACAACUGGAAGCUUGGUGCCGCAAACGCCUCGCCAUUCUUUUUUGCUGCGUUGGUUGGAUGUCCGCUUUCUCUACCAAUCAACUACUGGUUCGGAAGAAAAGGAGGCAUUAGUGUUGCGGCAAUCUUGAUUUUUGCCAGCUCCAUCGGCGCCAUCUUUGUUACUUCUUGGACGCAAAUGUUUGGUGUUCGUGUCAUUAAUGGCAUUGGUAUGGGCAUCAAGGCAGUUAGCACACCGAUCCUGGCCAGUGAAACUGCAGUCGGAUUUUGGCGUGGUUCUGCCAUUCUCGCUUGGCAGCUCUGGGUUGCUUUCGGCAUCAUGAUGAGUUUUGUGUUCAACUUGAUCUUCACGCAAGCGGCGAAUCCGACUACCACUUUUCGUCUCAUCCAAGGCGCUCCUUUGGUUCCCGCAUUCGCUCUUUUGAUAAUGGCACUGUUUGUUUGUCCGGAGUCACCUCGCUUCCACUUGCUGAAGGGCCCUAACUAUAGUGUUGAGAAAGCAUACACGGUGUUGAAGAGAGUCCGAAACACCAAGUUGCAAGCACUGAGGGACCUGUACCUUGUCUCCAAAUCAAUCGAGCAAGAGAACAUGGACUUUGGCGACCUCGACCCUCAAGCAAUGAUGUCGCCGGGCUUCUUCUGGGUCAUCCGUGAUUUUGCAAGACAGUUUGUCCAGCUCUUUCAACGUCGCCGCUUGUUUAAUGCCGUUCUUUCGGCAUCGACAGAGGAGCUGACCUUGGUUAUUCUCUCUGUAGUAAAUGUUUGUGCCUUCUAUUCAGGAAUUGUCUUCCAACAAGCAGGCAGAUCAGAAAGCAACGUCAUCACAAAUAUGGCAUACAGUCUCGGGUUUGCGGUAAAGAGCAUUGACACAUUGGGCCGAAGGAGAUGGUUGCUGCUGACACUCCCCUUCAUGGCGGUGUUUAUGCUAGGGGCCGGGCUCUCUGAAAAUGUCAGAGAUGAUGCAACUCGCAAUGGAGUGACGGCCUGCUUUCUGUUCCUCUUUGCAGUAGCAUACUCACCCGGCCUCGGGCCAAUUCCUUUUACCCUAGCCUCUGAGAGUUUCCCUUUGACACAUCGAGAAGCAGGCACAGCGUGGGCGAUUUCCAUCAACCUAUUGUUUGCCGGGUUAUUGGCCGUCUGCUUCCCGGGCAUCAACUCUGCUCUUGGCCAGAAGGGGUCCAUGGGGAUCUUUGCUGGGCUCAACAUUGUAGCCUAUGUCAUGGUUUUCCUGUUUGUGGAGGAGACCAAGCAACGCAGUCUGGAAGAGCUGGACCACAUCUUUGCCGUCUCGAAGCGAGAGUUUAUGCACUUCAAAGUCACGAGGUACCUGCCGUGGGUAAUUGGAAAAUAUGUUUUCCGCCUCAAAAGGGACGAGCCAAAGCUGUACAGAGACAUGGUUUGGGGCUCUCGACCAGUCGGCCUGAAGAAAACACGCAUCGAACCCUUGGGAGAAGCCCGGGUUGAGUUGCGGCCAAGACGUCCGACUGUCUUCCAAACCCCCAAGUUUUCGGAUACAACUAGACCGAAUAUGGCAGAAAUGGAAGAAAUAUACCCCCCGGGGGUAGCUGUGCCUUAUGCGAGGGAAUACCAGGACGGCCAGACUCCUCGCCAGGGGACCAGGCGCAACGACUCUAGAUUUCAGUGA